UUGUGUUUGGAGAUUUUAGCUCGCCGGUCGUAGAUCACGGCGCCGCGGACCGCUGAUCGAGGAGUGGAGGCGAGGCCUGCUGGAGAGCACGUGCCUUUGCACAGCGACGAGGACGGAGAGCCGGUUCCGCAGCGAUGGCGGCGAACGUGGCGGCGGAGCUGGACUCGGACGAUGACAACUCGUCCGGCUCGAGCGUGGGCAUGCCGGUGAGUGCUUUCCCGUCCCAGAGACCUGCGCGCGCAUCCCCGCGGGCCGCCGCGCGGACCCGCACCGUGCUGGCGAGCAGCGGUCCCGCGGCCGCGGCCCGACCUUGUCCCGGCCGGCCGCGCCGCGCCGCGCGCCGCCGGCCCUCCCCGCGCCGUCGACGUACGAGACGCACGAGAGGGCAGCACGCACGCAAAACGCCGACGCGCCGCCCCCCGCAGACCCUCGAGGACCAGGAGGACGCGCCGCCGCCGGCCCAGCCCGCGGCCGCGGCCGGCGGCGGCGACGGCGGCGGCGCCAAACAAAACAGGGCCGAGAAGAAGAACCGCAAGGCCAUGCAGAAGCUGGGGAUGAAGGCCGUGCCCGACGUCGUGCGCGUGACGGUCAAGAAGAGCAAGAACAUCUUGUUCGCGAUCGGCCACCCCGACGUGUUCAAGAGCGCGACGUCGGACACGUACGUCGUCUUCGGCGAGGCGAAGAUCGAGGACCUGAGCGCCCAGGCGCAGCAGCAGGCGGCGUCGCAGUUCCAGGCCGCGCAGGCGAGCAUGGGCUCCGGGGCCGCGGCCGCGGCCGCGCCGCCGACGAUCCCCGAGGAGGACGAGGGCGGCGACCUCGACGAGAGCGGGUUGGAGCCCAAGGACGUCGAGCUCGUCAUGUCCCAGGCGUCCUGCUCGCGGUCCAAGGCCGUCAAGGCGCUCCGCGCGAACGACGGCGACAUCGUGAACGCGAUCAUGGAGCUGACCAUGUAAAAGGGGGCUCGCCGGGGGCGCGCGCUUUCUUUCUCUCUUAGUAGACUACUAUUA